AUGUUGCUGUACGCCGUCGUCCUCCUGCUCAUGGCUCUUCCCGGUCUCUCGAACCUGAUUGCUCUGUCAUCUUCACCCUCAAUGAGCCAGUCUUCCAAUUGCACUCUCACUUACAUUGCUUCCCAACCUCCCCAAAUGGGUCCCACCAGCACAGUCUACCAAGCAAUCAUGACGACCUUCCUAUAUGCUGUGGAUUGCAAUCAGUGCACUGUCACCAAUAUCCCAAACGUUGAUGUUCAAGGUCCCUUCACUACCAGAUCAACCAGCUCAAUGCUUACGGUCACUGAGAUCCAAUGCAUCCCUGAAGGCACAGCCAGCACCAGAAUGCACCAUGCUGCCUCUCCUCAAACCACUAGCUGGAAACAAAUGGAAGACCUCAAGAAGGCACAUCUCCACCGUCGUUCUGAUCAAGCCACGGAAGCGGCCAUUGCGGACCUGGCAAGUACUUUCGCCAACGCUCUUCCUCCUGAUGUCUCCCUGCUCUCCGGUGGUCUUCAAACCGAGUUUACCGACAUUGCAUCCGCCAUGUUUGCAUUGAACAUUUGUGACUCUGGCAUCGACCUUAACUCAGCGUGUGAACAAUUGAACACUGAUGCAGUCGCAUUGCAACUGUACCAGUCAUGGUAUGCUCCCAACAAUGUCAAGUCGAUCGUCUGCUUCUGCGCUUCGUACGGCUACGACUUUGACACCACCCGUCAACAGUUGUAUGCUAGUCUUUACGCUGCUCUCAUUGGCAUUCUGGCUGCUGCUGAUAUCAGCACUGAUCGGGGUCAAAUUUGUGACAACCUCAGUCUCUUCAAUCGGACUGGUCCUUCUUUGGGUAUCGACAUUCAACAGUAUCAUGACCUGGUCUGCAGCAGCAUCCCGUCACCCACGCCAACUGCACCCCCGUAUUACGGACCAACUUCCAUCCCUCCCUAUGUGACCAACGACGUGACCACCUGGGGCACUCCAACUUCCUGGGCUCCAAAUACGACUAUCUCAGGAACCGGCGGCCCCAGCUGGACCGGCAUCAACAACCGCACUACUUGGGGACCGCCCGUCUCCUAUACCGGUACCAUUGGUAGUGAUUGGUCUAUCACCAUCAACACUCAGACCAACUGGACUGAAACGCAACCCACAGGAACUGGUGCAGCAUCUGACACCGCUACAGCAGGAACCAAUGACACCUUGCUUGCUGUGCGUGUGCCGCGAGGGCCUAACGCCGUGCCAUUCUAUCCCGCUGUCACUACCUCCACAUCACAUGCUGGACUUUUCAAGCGAUACUAG